AUGCGAAACUUCGUUGAAGAACCCUUGUUGAAAUCUCUACAGGUAUCCCGUCUCCCGAAAAAUACACAGAGUAUUCUUGCUGUCUUAAGUUAUGAGCUCCCAAAACUCGCAAUUGUAGCUGAUAAAAUUACAGAUCUUACAACUCUCCCUAACAUAAAUAGUGCAUCUACGGCAUCUACUUCUCCCAUUGAACAACAAGUUGCAGAGCUGACAAAGCAAUUAAAUGAACUUUUGCUAGCCAUCAAAAACAGUCGUGAGCGUUCCUGUGAACGAACAGACAAUCAUUCCCAAUGUAAUAGAAGGCGUAAUAGAUCCAAUGGACGCUAUCGCCAGCAUAAAGAACCGUGCAACAACAUUUGUUUCUACCAUACUAAUUUUGGUUCCAAUGCGCGGAAGUGUGUUUCUCCAUGCAAUUUCCGGCAGUUGGAAAACUAG